GCUCACGGGUUUAAUACAAUUAACCUAAUAAAUACUCCGUAUUUCAUUUUCGUCGUUAGGCAGGAGAUUGAUGCUCCUUCCCUUUGGUAGCUGCAGACGGAAGAAAGAGGACUCUUUGCUUUUGCCGAUCGAGAUCGUUUUUCGAGAUAUAGUAAAACCCUGUUUGGGAGACCCAUUUCAAUUUGUCUGAUAAUUUGAAUGAAAGUAGGGGUUUUGAGCUUCCUGGGUGGUUUAGUUUCAGCAAGAUCAAUAUCAAUGGAGGUUGUCAAAAUAUUAGUCCUAGUAUUGACAAUAAUUUUGAGUAGUAUUCUCUUUGUGGAAGUGGAAUCCAAGUACAUCGCAUACAACACUUCACAGGGGAUCGUCCCUGACAAAAUCAACGUCCAUCUGGUCCCUCACUCUCACGAUGAUGUUGGAUGGUUGAAGACUGUUGAUCAGUACUAUGUUGGGGCCAAUAAUUCUAUUCGGGGAGCGUGUGUUCAGAAUGUCUUGGAUUCUGUAAUUUCAGCGUUGCUGGAUGAUAAGAAUCGGAAGUUCAUUUAUGUUGAAGUGGCAUUCUUCCAGCGAUGGUGGAGACAGCAAAGUGAGGCACUUCAAACUAAAGUCAAGGAGCUCGUCAAUUCUGGUCAACUUGAAUUCAUAAAUGGGGGUAUGUGUAUGCAUGAUGAGGCAACCCCACAUUACAUCGAUCUGAUUGACCAGACAACUAUGGGACAUCAAUUUAUCAAAGAUGAAUUCGGUCAGAAACCUAGAGUUGGUUGGCAGAUCGAUCCUUUUGGACAUUCUGCUGUUCAAGCUUACUUGCUUGGUGCAGAGCUGGGAUUCGACUCUCUCUUUUUUGCCCGGAUUGAUUACCAAGACAGAGCUAAGAGAAAAGAUGAGAAAACUCUUGAGGUUGUGUGGCAAGGUUCUAAAUCCCUUCGUUCAUCUUCACAGAUAUUUACUAGUAUAUUCCCCAGGCAUUAUGAUCCUCCUGAUGGUUUUACAUUUGAAAUAAAUGAUGUAUCACCUCCUAUUCAGGAUAAUCCUCUCCUAUUUGACUAUAAUGUUCAAGAGCGAGUCAAUGACUUCGUAGCUGCCGCUGUAGCACAGGCUAACGUAACCAGGACAAACCAUAUAAUGUGGACCAUGGGGACAGACUUCCGAUAUCAAUACGCAAAUUCAUGGUUCAGGCAAAUGGACAAGUUUAUUCAUUAUGUCAACAUGGAUGGGCGUGUCAAUGCUCUAUAUUCAACCCCAUCCAUUUACACUGAUGCAAAAUAUGCAACAAAUGAAUUGUGGCCAGUCAAAGCUGGUGAUUUCUUCCCGUAUGCUGAUCGUGAAAAUGCAUACUGGACGGGUUACUUUACUAGUAGGCCAGCCUUUAAAGGUUAUGUCAGGAUGAUGAGUGCUUACUAUCUGGCGGCAAGGCAAUUGGAAUUCCUUAAAGGUAGGAGAAGCUCGGGGCCAAACACAGAUGUUUUGGCUGAUGCAUUGGCAAUUGUUCAACAUCAUGACGCAGUUAGUGGUACGGAAAGACAGCAUGUCGCUGCUGAUUAUGCAAAGCGACUUUCAAUGGGCUAUGCACAGGCUGAGAAGGUGGUAGCGUCAUCACUGGCUUUUUUAGCAGAGUCAAGAUUAAGUAUCAGACGUGAGAAUUCAGUCACCAAGUUUCAGCAGUGUCCUCUUCUUAAUAUAAGCUACUGUCCUCCUUCAGAAGCCGUUUUGUCUAAUGGGAAAAGCUUGGUUGUUGUUGUUUACAAUCCUUUAGGAUGGAAGAGGGAGGAAGUAAUUCGAAUUCCUGUUUCCACUGAGGGGAUAGUUGUUCUGGAUUCUGGUGGUAGAGUAAUUGAAUCUCAGCUUCUUCCUCUCUCAAAUGCUUCUUUGAGCAUCAGAAACUACCAUGUCAAAGCAUAUCUGGGUAGUUACCCCGGUGACAAGCUCAAAUAUUGGCUUGCAUUCUCAGCAUCUGUACCACCUCUUGGAUUCACUACUUACAUUGUCUCAAGUGCAAAACGGACAGGUACUGGUUCAACUAUAUCAGCAGUAUAUAGUUCAGAAGCAAAUAAGGAUACUACCGUGGAAGUUGGCCAAGGAAAUCUAAAACUAAUUUACAGUAACGAUGAGGGAAGGCUUAUUCAUUACAUAAAUAGCAGAAAUUUGGUUACAGCUUCUGCAGAGCAAUCAUACAGUUACUAUUCUGGAUAUAAUGGAACUGAUAAAGAUCCUCAGGCCUCUGGGGCAUAUGUCUUCCGUCCAAAUGGUACAUUCCCCAUAAAAUCUGAAGGCCAGGUUUCCUUAACUGUUAUGCAGGGUCCAGUAAUGGAUGAAGUACAUCAGCAUAUCAAUUCGUGGAUAUAUCAGAUCACCAGGGUAUACAAGGGAAAGGAACAUGCUGAAGUUGAGUUUAAUAUUGGACCUAUACCUGUGGACGACAGAGUGGGGAAGGAAAUAACAACUCAGAUCACAACAGUCAUGAAGACCAACAAAACAUUCUAUACGGAUUCUAAUGGACGGGACUUCAUUAAAAGGAUUCGGGAUUACAGAGCAGACUGGGAUCUGCAGGUGAAUCAACCAGUUGCUGGAAAUUAUUACCCUAUUAAUCUUGGAAUCUAUGUGGAGGAUGAAAGCAUGGAACUCUCAGUUUUGGUGGAUCGUUCAGUUGGUGGAUCCAGUUUGGUGGAUGGUCAAGUAGAGCUGAUGCUCCAUAGGAGGCUGCUUCGUGAUGACUCUAGAGGCGUUGGUGAGGCACUAAAUGAAGAAGUUUGUGUCCUUGAUGAGUGCAAAGGUUUAACGGUCCAAGGAAAAUAUUAUCUCAGAAUCGAUCCUCUAGGUGAAGGUGCCAAGUGGCGUCGCACACUUGGCCAAGAGAUAUAUUCUCCACUUCUUUUAGCAUUCAUGGAACAGGAUGAAAACAAUUGGACGAAUUCCCAUGUGCCAAUAUUUUCGGGGAUUGAUCCUUCCUAUAGUUUACCCGACAACAUUGCAAUUUUAACCCUCCAGGAACUUGAAAGUGGAAAAGUACUCCUUCGGUUGGCUCACCUAUACGAGAUCGGAGAGGACAAAGAGUAUUCUGUAAUGACUAGUGUGGAACUGAAAAAACUGUUUCCAGACAAGGAGAUCCGCAAGGUGACAGAGAUGAAUUUAUCAGCUAACCAAGAGAGAGCCGAAAUGGAGAAGAAGAGACUAAUUUGGAAAGUAGAAGGCUCUUCAGAAGAACCCAAGGUAUUGAGGGGAGGACCUGUUGAUCCUGCAAAACUUGUGGUUGAACUUGCCCCGAUGGAAAUCCGCACCUUCUUUAUUGACUUGGAUCAUAUCAAAAUGUUUGGUUCCUGAAACAGCAAAUCUCGGUUUGCUGUUGCAAUGUCUUUGUAUCUUCAUGCUUAUUUGAGCAUCCUCCUGUCUUGCAAGUUUGUAACCCCAUCAACUGAGAGAUGCAAGUCAUAUUUCAUACUAAACCUUUUCUUUUUAUGUUUUUGUUUUUGUUUGUUGAAGGGAAAAGCUAUAAUUGAGUAUUAAUUUACCGAGGGGGAGGGGACUGUUCUCAA